GGUUUCGUUCAAUCGAUGCAGUUGGGAUCGAGUUGAGUGAGGAGGGACCAUGAUCUCCACGGAUUUAAAGGUCAUUUGCCGAGCUUCUCGCCAUCGGCGUCUCAUACGAACUGUCUGAAAUACCUCACUCGCAUGAAGAGGACUCUGUUCCAGCAUCUGAUCCGAUCAAUUUUACCUUCGUCUUGAUUGCUGGCAUUAUAGCGCGGCAAAGCAGUGUAAUUUAUAGUUCCAUGCAUGAUGAUGACUCUCUUUUGCAGUGUGCACCCACCUGUGGGCUGUUUUUGUUUCUGCUCGUGUCACUCUCUAACAGCGCUGCUUCACAUGCCACCAUUGCGCACACAAGCGCGUACACUGCAUGAUGUUGACUUGCCUCAUCUAGUUUCUGCCGGCAAUGCCUGAUAUGGACAAGAGCCUGAAGAAGAAGACGAGAGCAUCUGGCGCUUAGUUACAACUGCACUG